CGGCCUUCGAGCCAAUACUCAGGAAUCGCGUAGGCCGCGACUCGAAACCGCAUCGCGCAAACUCGCCGGUUGGAAAAACGCGCGCGAAAAACUUCGCGAAGCUUUCGGAACGACGCGAAAAUGAGUGAAAAUCUGUGCGUGAAUGUGUAAAGAGUGUUUUAUCGUUCAUGGGAAUGUACCGAUCACUGGAUAUCGUCGGCUUUUCAGCGACAUCAAAGUCGGCCGCUUUUGAAGCUCACCGCGCGAUGAGCCUCGCACCGAAACGAAGGCUCUAACGCCGCACCGCCGACAUGCCGUUCGCGCAACGGCACGUGGAACCUCGCCUCGUGAGCCGAGUGCGACUUUUCGACGACGAAGGCCACCCGAAGGUCACCGAUGGCGAGUUGGAGGCCGUCACGAACGGCACCCUUUGCAACGCCCUCCGGCAGUUGGCCUCCUUGGUCGCCGCUGCCGACUCUAUUUUCGACGAGUUGGCCGAUGAGUUGAAGCGGGUGCACGCGAGGUCGCAGCAGGUGAAGCAGAGGAUCGAUCAGCUGCAGCCCAAGGUCGACAGGGUCGAUCCCAAGGCGGUCACAGUUCGCUACGAACACACAAACAAGUACCACAAAUAUGGCUGUGGUACUGCUGGACAAGCGUUUCUCGGAGAUGCAUUUGCCUAG